CGUUACGCCUUAAUAAAUGGAAGAAAUAUAAUUUAUAUAGAUAUGGCACAGAUUGAAGCAUGUCAACUUUGUUUAUGCAACACUAAAUUGCUGAGAGGACUUAACAAAGAAAUCGAAAGCUUAAUUAAAACCAAAAUAUUAGAUUAUCUAUCUAUUAACAUUCACUAUAAAAAUAAUACCCCGAUAGUAAUUUGUGAGGACUGCCUAAAUAAUUUAAAUCAAUUUCAUAUAUUUGCACAAACAGUUUAUUUAGCUCAGAGAAAUUUUCAAAAAAAAUCAAAAUUGUUUAAAUAUGAAACAACAAAUAUUGAAGAUAAUCUACCACUAUCGAUGCAAAAGCAAAGAAAUAAUAUGAUAUCCCAAAUAGAAUUUAAUAAUCCAAAUGCAAAAACGCCAAAUUAUAUAAAUAAAGAUUCUGCCAAAGUUAAAUCUGUGGAUAAUGAAUGUAAGUAUGAUACGGAACAGUAUUAUGAAUCUGACGAUGAGGAUAUGUUGACUGAAUCAAAUCAAAUAAGUUUUGACAAUAGCACAUUUCCCAAAGAACUUAUUAAGAAUUGUAGAUUAACUAUCACUGGAAAAAAAUUGGACAAUAUGUUAGCAACAUUCUUUGGUUUAAAAUGUAACAUUUGUAUCAAUACAACAUGUUUUACGACUAUUUCCAAUUUGAUAAAACAUUAUGAAGAAGUCCAUAAUACAAAAGGCUAUGUUCUUUGUUGCGGUCAAAAAAUUACAAGGCAGAAGGCAAUGGCAAUGCACAUGGCAAGUCAUAUUCAACCAGAGGCUUUUACUUGUACCAUUUGCAAUAAGAUAUUAACCUGCCCUAAAAUAUUGCAAAAUCAUAUACAGAAUCAUUUACCAGAAUCACAGCGUCCUUUAUGUUGUCCAGAACCAACAUGUUCAAGACGUUUCAGUUAUUACAGUGCAUUAACAGCUCAUCAGGCAUCACAUUUAAAUGAGGAGGAAAAGAUAACGCAUAUUUGUGAAGAGUGCGGUAAAAUGUAA